AAAACAGAAAACGUGCUGUAGUGAGUUUUAUUUCAUUUCAGCAUGACUGACUAGUCCUUGACCCAUUUUCAUCAACUCAGAGUAAGUCUCUCUUUUUAAACUUCAUAGCAUGGCUGCAGCAUAGCAUUUCUACUGCAUGAGCUUCCCUCUUCUUCCUCCAUUAUUCUCCCUCUUCUUUUGUUGCAGACGAAGUGGUGAACACCACUUCUAACUGAUACUCACACACACAACUGCGAGGUCUCAAGUUUUGUUACUAAAAUGCCUCCUUCACAACAAACACAACGUUAUUGUGAGGAAGAAGAAAUUGUUGGUGGAGAUUUUAAGUGGGGGAACAAAAGAGGAAUUGGUGUGAAAAACAAACAUACACAGUUUUAUGAUUCUUUUGUUUAUGAUGGUGUUGAGUAUUUUCUGUAUGAUUCUGUUUAUUUUUACCACACCGAUCAUGUUGAAACUUCCAUUGGUAAGCUUGUCAAGAUGUACGAGACUAGUCGUGCAAAGAUGAUAAGAGUUGUUUGGUUUUUUCGUCCUUCUGAAAUUCGUAAUUUUCAUAGAGGUUAUAAGCCUUGUUGGAAUGAGCUGUUCUUGGCUUCUGGGAAGGGAAAGGGUCUUUUUAACAUCAAUCUGCUGGAAUCGAUUCUUGGAAAAUGCAAUGUUGUUUGCACCUCAGAGGAUAGGAGAAAUCCCAAACCAUCUGAAACAGAGUUAAAGAGAGCAGAUUUCCUUUUCAAAUGUACUUUUGAUGUUGAUAGGUGUGUAAUCGAUGAUAAGUUUCCUGAUAAGAUUGAUGGAGCUGAAGUGGAGCUGUUCUUUAAUAAGAAGGGGGCUAAAAAGACCGGCAAUAAUCUACAUCUUGAGACAAAUAAAAUGCCUCAGCAGAUAAAAAAGACAAAGAUAAAGAUGAAAACUUAUGAGAAUAUUAAAGAUGAGGUUAAGACUAAGACUGCUCCUUCUGAUAUCUUGCGUUGUAAAGUUGAAGAUAAAGAUGAAUUGAGAACUUCUGAAAAUGUCUCGCUAAAGAUAAAGAUGACAACUUCUGGGAAUUUAAAAGAUGAAGUUAAAGAUGAGGUUAAGACUAAGAGUAAGACUGCUCCUUCUGAUAUCAUGCGUUGGAAUGGUGAAAAUAAAGAUAAAGAUGAAUUGAGAACUUCUGAGAAUGUCUCGCCAAUGAAAUUAUUAGAUUCUUAUCCAUUUAAAAAGAUGAAGAUCGUAGAAGAGAAGUCAACCAUUGGUCAUAGCAGCAACUCCCAAAUGAAAGAUGAAUUUGAUGAGAAGGAAGAAUUUAGACAUGAUGAAAGUGUCAAACCAACCAGGAAAGUUACUGAGGUGACUGAAAGGCCUAAUGCUGAGAAAAGAAAGUGGUUUAAGAAAAUGCCUUGGGAAGAAAGACUACAGACAGCUCAAGAGUUGGGUACCCUGGUUUUACUGAGUAAUCUGGAUCCAUCCUACACGUCGUUUGAAGUUGAGGACCUUGUUUGGCAUGCACUCAAAGAAAAGGUUGAGGCAAGAAUGAUAGAAUUGAGCCCGACGUCCAAUACAUACUAUGGUAGAGCAUUGGCUAUUUUCAGAUCAAAAGAUGCAGGUGCAAACGCAAUAUCUGAGUUGAACAGGAGAUGCCUUAUUCUUGAAGACGGGAGGGUUGUCACUGCCAGGAUGGGAACUGUGAGUGAUCCAGUCAAGCAAAGCACAUUCAUUGGCCAUCUGUCGAUCAGUAGAGCUGUGCUUCACAAGCAAAGAGAGAUGAGAAAUGCUGUAUCGACAUCACAUUGUUCACAGCCCAAUAAUAUUGAAUACGCAAUGGCUAUUGAAUGGACACACCAAUAUGAUAAGUCUGAAGCAUGUUGGAAGGCCUUAUGUGAGAAACAAAUGAAGGAGAUAGAUGAUGUGAAGAGUAAACUUAGAACAGACAGCAUAAUUUUUGAAGCCUCGUAGCUAACUCAUUCUUGAUGAAAGAUAACUAUGAAUUUACAAUAUAUACUUCUCUCCAAUUGCAAUCUAACAGAAUGCUGUGAAUUUUGGCGGAGAAACAUGAUUUAGUUGUGGUUCCGUAGAUACAACGAAACCACUCGUGUUUCAGCUGUUUGUCCAUUUUGUUCAAUGUUAGUUCAUUUCGGACCAAAAAAGAAAAAUGUUAGUACGUUGUAUUCUGAACAACUUAUUUGCAUAUUAAUAUUGCAAUAUUUUCAUGCCAAUUAUUGAAA